AGUUGGAUCGCAGGAAUAUAAAUCGAUUCAGUGGAUGAAUCGUUACACCCCUAGUAAAAAUGGACUUCUCCACAAUAUAUCGCAACUAAACCACUUUUAGAAGAGAAUAAUGAUUUAGCAGAAUAACUGAAUUUAUAUGCAAUGCUCCAAAAAAUAAACACUUAAACAACACAAUGUAACUCCAAGUCAAUCACACUUCUAUUAAUGUUAAUGUUAACUGGUGGUAAACUAGAUUCGGCCACAGAGGCUGUUACAACAACCAUGUUUGGUCAUAUGCAUUUAGAUGCCAUCGAGCAAUCAUUUUUGUUUAUUGCGUAAGGAAGCGUGACAGAACUAUGCAGAGCAUGUGUGCCGACGUCCAGGAGAAACGGGAAUGAUGACUGGGGAAACCCCCUCUGGAGCAGCACGGCAUGCGUUCUUCUGAUUUGUUUAUUUUCGUUUGAGAACUUCAUGUGAUUGUUCCUUAUUUCUACUCUUUUCUUGGGAACCACAAUGACCUCUGUGCUCUGGAGAAUUGUACAACGACGCGACGGGAUGAAGGUGGGGGGCACGUGAGUCACAGAGGAAGCCGCGUUAACUGGUUGAUUGUGCAGGAAGACACUCCCGAGGAAGCGCGCCUGUAGUCGGUAAUGUAGGCCAGCGGGGUCGGUUGUUAUGGUCCUUCCUCGAUUUGUUCAGCAAUAAUGCCCCCGUUAAAGGGAGGAUGGGUGAGGCACACAGCUGUUCAGCUGUUUCCUGAAAGCCUGCAGAUGUUCGUUUACCACCAGUCGGUCAAAAGAUGAAGCGGAUUUCAUUGUUCUCAGCUUGUCGUCCUUGUGGUUUGUCAGUGCUGGCUUUGCUUUCUCACUUUUUUGGGGUGUUGGCACAGUGUGUAAAAACAAUAAUUCACCCUUUAGUGUUUUUUUAAACUUUAAAACCCAAAAUGUAGAAAGAACUUAGUGGUAAUCCUCUCCUUUGCUACAAACGGGGCUUACACAUUCAAUGAAUGUGGCAAAAUACAAAAAUGACCAUAAAGCACUUUCCUCGCUUUUUUACAUGCAGUGUUCAUCCACAUUACCACUCUGGUCUCAUUUCAUUCACUUAAAACAAUGGCAUUACCAAACCAAUUAACAGUACUUCUUUAUUCAACACGUCAUAGUAAUGUGCCAAAACUGUGGCCAUUGAUAGCAAGCCAGCUAAGAAUAUUUAAGUUAUAAACUGUUACGUGUCUAAGAAGGCGGUUGCUAACCAGCGGGACUCCAAAUUUCUUUAUAUUCUCGUUGUUUAUACUUUUAACCAGUUAAUAUCCUGGUUGGUGGUUUCAUUCCUAAUAAUGCAUCAUAAUUUAUUAGCCUACAUGUAGUUGGUCUUGAAUAGAUGUGGACUAGAAUGUCUCAAAAUAAAGGGAUCAGUAGCAUGAGAUGUAAAUGUAAAAUAGCAGCAUGUCAUGUGAGGGAACGAAGCAUGAAGCUCAACUUUACAAAAUCACUAAAACGUCUUUCCCUCCUGACUUCUUUGGCAGCCGCUCUUCCUCCUUUGCCAUCGCCCCUCUGGCUUCCUCCUGCAGCUCGAAUCUCAAUUAGCUGUUUCCAAGCCCACAUAGAGCUUCCACGGCAGCAACUCCUGCAUCUCCCUUCCUCUUCCUCGCCUCCUUCCAAAUCACUUCGCACAAUAGACUUCCUCUCCAAGGUGGAGACGGCAGACGAGCCGGUGCUCAGAGAGGACCUGCGGGCCGCUAAGGGGGUCGAGAGGUUUGACAUCCCCCUUGAUAACCUGAAGAGGAUGUUUGAGAAACCCGCUGUGGUGAACGUGGAAGGAGCAGCCGUCCAGCCUUCUUCGUCCAAAAGAGGGAGUUCUGGCAUUCUCGCACACACCAGCCCGUCUACAGGUCGGACCAUGGCCGCUCUGUCGGUGGUAUUUGUCGGCGAAGGUCGAUCCGCGCCAGGACAUCCAGAGGACGGGGCCCCGAGCGCCGAGGAUCAGGAGGGCGAGCCGGUGUCUGUGAAAGAGCGACUGGCGAUGUACCAAGCCGCCGUGUCGAAGAAGGAGAGCGCCAGUUCCUCCGCCGCGGUGAUGAGUGAGUCGGAGGCGCGCUCGCUGCCCGGAGGCCUGGCCAGCGUGAAGAAACAGUUCGAGAGCCGGGAGUUUGCCUCCUCCACCUCCCAGUCCGCCGUCGCCCAGGUUCACUUUGAGCAGAGAUCUGUCCAGGAGACGUCGAGCUCCUCGGAGGUGACGGUGAGAAGCAGCACCAGAGAGGUCGUCCCCUCCACGAGCCUCCUUCACGAACAACACCAGGUGAUCCAUGAUGAAAGAGUGCACCAGAACCACGUGGCUGCCAGUUACGGGAACCACUACAACGAAACAGUUAUGGUCAUUGGAGGAGAGGACCUACCGAAGGUUUCCACUCAGUCUUUGAAGCAGCAGUACGAGAAAACGAUUGAGGAAGCUGCACCAGCCAAGGAAAUUAAGGUCGAUGUGGAUUUCAACCAGUUUCAAUGGGCACCAGUGACUCAGUCCUCCACGUCAAGCUACGACGCCUCGUCCACCGUAAAGACGGCCACUCGCACUGCGUCAUCAGUGGCGUCUGCCUCGUCAUUUGCUUACGAACUGACGGAUCAUUUCCCUCCUCCACCCUCAAACCUGCCACAGGACACCCCUGACCAUGUUUCUUCCCAGCCUCAGGAGCCAGCCUCCCAACACAAACACGCUAAUACUAAGGAGCAGUACUUUAAACACAAGAGUACAGCUGAGCUAAAGCGCCUCUACAAGCACAUCAAUCCAGAGGUCCGCAAGAACCUCCAGGAGGACUUCUUGAGUGAGCUCACCGAAGCAGAAAGAAAGGACUUGGAAAGCGAGGAAAUGAUUGGAGAUGUCCAGCAGGCGUGCUACUUGUUUGAGAAUGACGGCAAUGGCUCAAGCAAGUGUUCGAGCCCUGACAGGGAGUACGUGGAGUGGGAUGAAAUCCUCAAAGGCGAAGUGCAGUCCAUGCGCUGGAUGUUUGAGAACAAGCCAUUAGAUACGAUCAAAGACGACAACCCGGGGGAAGACCAGGUGGGGAAUAUUGCCCAGCAGGAAAUCAUUGCCGGGAAAGACGUCAGACACACGGCUUGGAUGUUUGAGACUCGGCCCAUUGAUGCUCUGGGGACAGACGCUGUUGAUGCAACCGGGCAGUCGCAGAAAUCAACAGCUGAUCUCGCGAGAGGAGACGUCCGCACCGCCACGUGGCUUUUUGAGACGCAGCCACUUGAUUAUUUGAACAAGAUCUACCAGGAAGACGAGCAGGAGACGGCCGUUGUCGUUAACAGAAGCAUCACGGGCGGAGAUGUGAAAACCGCCAGAUAUCUCUUUGAGACCCAGCACCUGGAUUCCCUGGGUAAAACGGAAACCAUCGAGGAGAGCAACUUCCUCAACCUGAAGUCUGAGCUGGAGGAGGUCAAAGGGGACGUGAAGACGACCACUCGCAUGUUUGAGACCCAGCCCAUGUGUGUCAUCAGGGGGGAUUCGGGAGAGAUGCUGGAGAUCACCACCAUCCGCCGGGAGGAGACUGAGAAGGGAGACGUCAAGACGUCACGCUGGAUGUUUGAAACCCAGCCCCUGGAUAUUAUUAACAAAGACCCAGCCGUGGUGAAGCUGAUUUGUGGUAUCUCCAUGGAGGACGACGUCCAAGUUGGUGUGAACAAAGGCAGGUGGCUUUUCGAGACAAAGACCCUCGACACCAUCAGGGAUGAAGAAUGGGAGAGUUCCAGGAAGCAAAAGGAGGACAUAAUUGGUACGGACGUGAGGAAGCACUGUCUGGUUUUCGAGACUCAGGCUAUGGACACACUGAAAGACAACGCCAAUGCUAGACCGUUACCUUCUGAGGAGAUAGUAGGAGGAGAUGUUCAAACGGCAAAACACCUGUUUGAAACGGUCCCCAUGGAAAAUCUGAAAGAACUGCUGGAAGUGGGGAAACUUCAGAAAAUGGUUGCAUCGGAAGAAGAAAAGGGCGACGUUAGACAUCAAAAGUGGGUCUUUGAGAGCGAGCCGCUGGAGAACAUAAGGGAGGAGAAGAAAGAGAUUACAAGAACGGUGAACCUUGAAGCUGUUGACAAAAUCGAUGUGACCAAUUACAAAGAAAGGUUUGAAAGUAUGGAUUUAAGUAAGUGUGAAGGAACGCAGAAAAUCCAAGUUGAAGGCGUCACGAGUGGAUCCGUCAGAUCCAACAGAGUUCUCUUUGAAUCCACCCCUAUGUACGCGAUGCAAGACAGCUCCGGCCAUUACCACGAGGUGAAAACCGUGAGGCGCGAGGAGAUUGUGAAGGGAGACGUGCGCAGCUGCCGAUGGAUGUUUGAAACCCGCCCCAUCGAUGAGUUUGAUGAAAGUAUCAAUAGGUUUCAGAUCAUAAAAGGUAUAUCGAAGCAGGAGGUGGAGUCGGGGGAUGUCAAAACGGCCAAGUGGUUGUUUGAAACUCAAGCGCUUGAUUCCAUUAAAUCUUUUGGUCAGUGUGAGGACGAAGAACAUGCAUGCAAGGAAGGUAUUGAAAUUGAGAAGGGAGACGUCAAGACUUGCAGGUGGCUAUUUGAGACUCAGCCGAUGGAUGCUCUGUACGAAAAGAUGGAAAAAAGCGAAGUUGACGUCGAGGAAGUUCAAAGAGGUGACGUCAAAACGUGCACGUGGCUCUUCGAGACCCAGACACUUGACAACAUACGUGACCACACCGAAUCCGAGACCAUUCUGAAAACCUGCACGGUGAAACAAGACGACGUCCAAGGAAAAGACGUGCGACUGGCCCGCUUCCUUUUUGAAACGGAGAACCUGGAAAAUCUCACUGGCGAGGACGGCGGUUCCUUCAGGAGGGUCACAGAAAUUGACGUCCAGUCGGGCGAUGUCUCCAGGAUGAAGUACAUCUUUGAGAAUCGCUCCUCGGACAUCAUGAGCUCCAGCUCUGGGGAAACCAUGCAGAGGCUGAAGACGCAGCAGGUGGAAGAAAUUCAGAAAGGCGACGUGGUGAACUGCACCUGGAUGUUUGAGCAUCAUCCCAUCGAUAACAUCCGCGACGAGUCGGCGGACGCAAAGGAAAGUCGCACCGUGACUGACGUCAAGGGAGGCGACGUCGAUAAGGGCCGCUUCAUUUUUGAGACCUACUCUCUGGAUGAAAUUAAGGAGGAUUCUACGGAGACUGACAAAUCAAAAAUCACAAGUAUCUUCAGAGAAGAAGUGGAGAGGGGAGAUGUGAAAAAUUACACCAUGAUGUUUGAAACUCAGCCGCUGUAUGCAAUCUGUGACAAAGAGGGCCGUUAUCAUGAAGUGACCACGGUUACUAAGGAAGAAAUCAUUAGAGGAGACGUGGUGGGGGCUCGGUGGCAGUUCGAGACAAAGCCCCUGGAUUCAAUUAGAGAUUCCGAGGAGGUCUACGUUAUCAAAGCCGUGACUGAGGAAGGCAUCAACAAAGGAGACGUUAACACUGCGAGGUGGAGGUUUGAAACGCAACCUCUGGAUGAAAUUACCGAGGAAGGAAAAGUCAGGUUGAAAAGCGUGGCGGAUAUUCAAGGUGGCGAUGUGAAGACAAACAAGCAGCGAUUUGAGACCGAUGAGAUGUCUCAGAGGUAUGUCAAAACUGUCAGCGUGAGCGAAAUCCAAAAAGGCGACGUCAGGUCUGCCACGUGGAUGUUUGAAACACGCACAAUUGACGAGAUCCGCGGCGAAGGCGCAGAGUAUGAUGGCAUGGAGAGAGUGACAAAAGAGGAAGUAAUGAAAGGGGAUGUCAAGCAGUCUGUGUGGCUCUUUGAGAAGCAGCCUCUUGACACUAUCAAAGAGACCGACGGCACAGAGCUUGUUGUCACAAAGGAGCAAAUCCCGCAGGCCGACGUGAAGUCGACAACAUGGUUGUUUGAAUCCACUCCGUUCAAUGAAUUCAACGAGAGCGAAAUGAAAAGGACUGAAAUAAUGGGUAAGAGCAUCAAAGACACACUUGAGGAGCUCUACUCUCAGAAAAUGGUCGAAUCCCAGGGUGUUCUCAUUGAAGCAGACGAGAUCGGUGACGUGCGCAUGGCAAAGUACAAUCUCAUGAACCAGAAGGCGCCCCAAAUCCAGAGAGAGGAGACCAUCAGAGGGGACCUGAGCAACAUAAUGAUGAACCUCCUGAGCCGCAGGGAGGUCACCGAAAGGGGGAUAACUAUCGACAGCGAGGAGCGGGGCAACAUCAACACCACGGUGAGGCAGCUAUUCAACCAGGAAAGGGGAAUCAAUGUGGAGAAAGAGGAAAUUGUCCGCGGUGACAUUCAAGAGGCCGUAAACAAUCUCCUCAAGAGUGAGGGCUCCUCCAAGCGUGGCAUUCUGAUUCAAGAGGAUGAGAAAGGAGACGUGAAGUUGACUAUCUACUCCCUCUUGAACAAAGGGGAGCGGGCCAGCAUGGAGAAAGAGGAUAUCGUUCAAGGGAACGUAAGCAGAACGCUCCACCGCCUCCUCUCCAACUCCGGGGGAGAAGACUCCAAAAAGAUACGGGUCGGAGACAAGGAAAGGGGCAACGUCAGCUUUUACUCCACGUGCAUUGAAUCGGGCGCCUUGGAUUAUCUGAAGCAGCUCCAGUACGAACCUGGUGAAACCCAGGAAGAAUCGAGAAAGGAGAACAUCAUAGGCGGGGACAUCCAGGAGACCAAAAUCUUGCUGCGGAAGAGUCAGCAGGAGAUUGGUCGCACGGUGGCCAAACACGAGAUAGUUCCUGGUGACGUGCACAGCAACGUAAAGGUCUUCAUGACGGAGCCUGCUGUUACCUACAGAAACCUGGAGAAAAGGGAUAUUGUCAAAGGUGACCUCAAUGCAGCCCUGGAUUCUCUGACCCAGGCCAUGAAUCAAAAGGUUUUAAUAGAAAAAGAGGAGGUGGUGAAGGGAGACAUCCCGACUACUCUGAAGUCUCUGGAGGAGGCCCAGCAUCAAGCCAAGGAAAUGGAAAAGCCUGAAAUUAUCAGAGGAGAUAUUAAAGGUGCUCUAGAGUCCCUGGAGAAAUCAGCAACCACCAACACGGAAGUCACAGUCGAAGAUUUAGUGCCAGGCGAUAUCAAAGGGACCCUGAAGUCCCCGGAGGAGGCCAAGAAAGCGGUGAAAGAGGUUGAAAAAGAGGAGAUCCUCAAAGGGGACAUACACAUAGCCAUGCAGAGUUUACACGAGGCAACGAGUGAGAAGAAGACUUUCCAGCAUCAAGUGAGCGAACAGGGAGAUGUUAGAGGCACCAUUCAGCUCCUGCUGGAGCCGACUUCUCCCAGACUUCAGCGCCGCGGGAGCGUCGAAGGAGACGUGAAAACAUCCAUAAAAUGCCUCUAUGAAGGACAGGAGGCAACACGGGUGGAAAAGGAGGAGGUCGUAAAAGGCGACGUUCGAGGGGCGAUAAAGAAUCUGAUGCAGAGAAAACAGUAUUCGAAUCUGAAGCGCACACACCCCGCUAAGAAAGCCAAAGUGCCCGUGAAGAAUCCAUUAAGUGCAAAGCCAGCUGAGCGCGAAUGCUUACCGAAAGCCCAGAGUGAGAGGGAGGGAGCCGAUCCAUCCCCCGCUGUGGAAAAGCUCUCUCAGAGCGCUGAGUCACAGAAGCACACGGAGAGGCACAAUGAAAGCAAAUCAGUGAAAACCCAGGUAAUAACCCAGGAGGCCCACUCUGUUACUGUGGCCAAAACAGAUAAUACCACUGGGGCCGCUCAACAGAUGAGCACGAGAGAACAGAAGCAGCAAGUUCUGCCCCCGCAGAAAACACCGGCUCCUAAGUCUAUUCUGGUACCGGAGAAGCAGAUGACUAUCAGCGAGCAGGCUGCCGUGGACGUGAUGAAAGAGGUGCAAAACAUCAGAACAUCAACUCACACCAAUAUUUCAAGCAAACAAGUGUGCGAAACAAAGUCAAUCAAGCAGGUGCACGCCACGGCGACGGAGAGGACGGCGGUCGUUCGGAGGCAAACCGCCGCGGAGCAAACGUCUCUGGUCCAAGCGGAGAACCGGGCGCUCCUCCAGAAGCACAGCGCAAAGAAUACAGAGACGACGACGGCGGCGGCGGCGGUCGUUCAGAGGCAAACCGCCGCGGAGCAAACGUCUCAGGUCCAAGCGGAGAACCGGGCGCUCCUCCAGAAGCACAACGCAAAGAAUACAGAGACGACGACGACGGCGGUCGUUCGGAGGCAAACCGCCGCGGAGCAAACGUCUCAGGUCCAACUGGAGAACCGGGCGCUCCUCCAGAAGCACAACGCAGAGAAUACAGAGACGACGACGACGGCGGCGGUCGUUCGGAGGCAAACCGCCGCGGAGCAAACGUCUCUGGUCCAAGCGGAGAACCGGGCGCUCCUCCAGAAGCACAACGCAAAGAAUCUGAACAGUGGCCACCGCAGCCUCGCCACCAGAGGUGAUGGUGGGACUAAGAAGGUCAAGCCGGAGAUUCACUUCCCCCCUCCUCCCUCUUCGCCGCCUCCGCCCUCCGAGUCGGAACUCUCCCUCCCCCCGCCGCCCUCGCCGGAGGGCCUGGCGCGCCCCCCCUCUGUCAUGAGGCAGGACAGUGACCUCCCGCCGCCGCCGCCACCGCCGCCCCAUGAAGGGAAUCCCGAGGCUGAGUUUUUCCCUCUCCCUCCGCCUCCCCCCCCUCCGCCCUCUGUGGGCGGCCAAGAUUUCCUCCCGCCACCUCCCUCGCAGCAAGAGCUCCACGCGGCGCCGCCGCCUGCAGGGCGGGGCAAACCGAUAGGAAAGCCUCUAUUCAAAGUGCCCACGCAAGCAGAGACACAGAAGCAGGCAGUACAAAUGAAACCCAAAUGGCAGAAAAAGCAGCCGACGCCCCCAACACCACCACCACCACCCACUCAGCCCCCUCCCUCCCGGGCAGAAAUGUCAAUGGAGCAGAAGGAAGGAGCUGAAGUUCAGACAGUGAAGAAGAUUGAAACAAGCGAGCGGGUCCAGUCCGAAGUGACGGCGUCAACAACAAAAAUCCCGAGCAUCCCAGCUGUGAGCCCGAAGCCACCGAAGAAAAGCUUCGUCCCUCCCAUCAAGCUGCCCCCACCUCCUGAACCCGCUCCGCCCGCAAAGCCGAAAACCUACGCUCGGAAAUUUAAAACGCCUCUCAUGCUCGCAGAGGAAAGGUACCGCCAGCAAAUGGAAACAGAAGAAAUAGCCAGGAGCAAUGUCACCACUCCCACUUCUCCACCCGUCAAGAGGCCCUCGUCCGCUGCCGCGAGGAGCGCAGAGACGGAGGAGGCCGUGGACGCGUCAAAAGCAAAAAGCGGAGAAGCUACGGCUGUUUCCACAGACGGAAUAAUGCCUGCCAAGAACACGGAUUCCCAGAUCCCUUUGAGCAAACCGCUGAUCUCAGUUUUAAAUAAGAAAUCACAGUCUGGAUCUUCAAACGUGUCCGUGGAUAAAACAAGCGUCACCAGCCAGCACGUGGAAAAAAUGGCCUCAAAUGAGGUUGUUAACAAGACUCAAGCCGCUCACAAGCAGCAGACGGUUUCCUCUUCGCAGGCCUCAAAUAUUGAGAAGCAGUCAUGCUCGAAGUGGGUCACUUCUUCGGUCACGGAGCAGCAGUUUAUUAAGAAAUCCGGCACCAGGUGCGUCACGGCUGUCCAGGAAAAUGUAAAUCUCCAGACCGCGGCCGCGUUGACAGCUGAAGAUGUGAGGAACAGAGGUGCGCCUCUGACGCCGGGGGCCAAAAUGAGUCCCUCUCAAUCCACUAAAAUUCCAAAGGCCGCCCCGAGUUUCAAGGUGAAAACCUUUAAGAUGCCGACGGAGACUAACGAGGAGAGAUGUGACACGCACUCGCAGCGGGAGGAGAGCCAAACGAAAGGGAUUCAAAGGAGCCAUCUGACGUCCGCGAGAACCGAGAUGAGGACGGAGAUGACCGUAAAGGAGAAGAAAAGUCACGUGACCGCACAGGAUGUGGAGCAGGACGUGCACGUUGAAAAGGGAGAGCAGGUACAGAGGCACGUGGCCGACGUGAAGCCGUCCCCGCCGGUUACUCUCUCAAUGCCCGAGGAGGGGAAGAUGGCACCGGCACCAGCGCAUAGCGGCCACGUCUCCGUCUCCGUCUCCCGUGGCUGUCAGCAGAGCGUCAGGACGGAGAGCGUCAGGACGGAGCGCGUCCAACGCCACGAGGAGGCGGUGCUGACCGAGAGCGUGGUGCAGCAGAGACGAGAGGCCGCGCACGCGAGGGCGCACAAAGCGGCUCGCGGAGACGAGUCUCGCUCCGGAAAAAUCUCCGAUUUGGAGAAAUGCCGUGUGAUGCAGAGGCUGCUUGCCGAGAUGAAAGAGCUGGAAGGCGCGCCCGGCAAAAUGGACUCCGACGCCGUCGGGGUGAUAAUGAGCAAACUGCCCGACUGGGCGAUGGGCUCGGACGAGAAGAGGAACUUUGGUGAAAUAGCUCAACAGCAAAGUAAGAAGAAGCUGAAAGAGAUGAUGGUCUACGUGAGGAAUAUCUGUCACGCUAAACUCUCGCUUCUGGAGGAGAGCGCGAAGGCCGCAGAACAGCCGGGCCAGGAAAGGGACGCCGCGCCGCCGAGACCGGACGCCGGCUCUCCCGCCGCGACAAGCGCGACGGUCUCGAAGAUCAGCAUCGGCUCGUCCCUCCAGGAGAGGAAGGUCCACCGGGAGCAGUGGGAAGCGUCCGACCGGAGGGUGUCCUCCCCGCUGGCGAGCGUCCGCACCCCGUCGCCGACCUUCAUCAGCAUCGAGUCGAGGAGGAUCGACUCGCAGUCGCGGGUGACCCCGUCCCCUCCACCCUUCAGGGCGGUCGGUACGCCUCCGCCUCCGCCGCGCAGGUCACACACACCCACGGCCGCCUCCCGGGCCACGCCGUCCCCCACUCUGUGCCGCUCCGAGAAGCUGACGAAGCUGAGGGACACCACCUCCAAGCUCUCGCGCAGCAUGACCCCUCCCCCUCCGCCGCCGGCGCCGGCGUCGGACUGCGUCUUUGCCGAGAGGGAGCAGUGCUCCCCGUUUCAGGUCGGGGAGCCUCCAGCAGACGGAGGCGAGGAAGGCUCGGUCGACAUGGCCGAAAUGGUGGACUCCAUGAUGACCGUGAGGGACAAAAAGUCCUUCUUCGAGGAGGCGCAGAAGGUGGAGGGGAGCAGGAUGUACACCCGGAAGGAUCCCAUUGACAUUCCGGAGCGCUUGGGGCCCGACGCCGAGGAAGGCGCUGCGGCGGCGAUGGACGUUUCGAAGGCGGAUCUCCCGAAGGUGGACCUCUCCAAGCUGGUGAACAGGUUUGAAUCCCCACAGCCGAAGGUCUACGCCAGGAAAGAGCCCAUUGUCAUCGCGGAGAGGCUGGGCAGUGACACGGAGGACGCCGAGGCCGACCCGCCGAGGACCGACGAGGUCCACUCGUUCAACGUCAGAGCCAUAAAGAACGUGUUCGAGACCGGCGAGCACGGCUCCCAGGCUGCCCGCGAGCUCCGGGAAAUAAUCGAGCGGAGGGAACCCGAGGCGGCCCGCCCCCAGGCGGCCGCUCGCGCGGAGACGACCGUGGUCACCGAGCUAUUCUGCGCCGUCGACGACGCGACAGCUCACCGGCCCGGCAGCUCCGCGGCCCGCGGCAACCCCCCGUCCUACGCCGACGUGGUGCGCGGCGCCGCCCAGGCGGCCGACGUGCCCGCCGACGUCUCCACCGAGGAGCUGCUCAGGAGCUUCCAGCAGUCGUGGAGCGAGAGCCAGGGGGUGUUCCAGAACCUGGGGUUCAGCGUCACGGAGCAGAGGAGCUCGCAGGUGGUGACGCGCCAGCAGGCGACCGUCGUGACGGAAAAUUCGAGUUCCCGAGUCCGAGCUGUGCCGGGCGUGUCGGAAGAGGGUUUACCCGAUGGAGUCGCUCUACGCCGACAAACACAACUUCCAUAGGAGCUGCUUUCGCUGUGAGCACUGCAGCGGCAAACUAAGCCUCGGAAACUACGCCUCUCUCCAUGGACGAAUGUACUGCAAGCCACACUACACGCAACUGUUCAAAUCCAAAGGAAACUACGACGAGGGAUUUGGACAGAAACCACACAAAGAACUAUGGAACAACAAGAACCAGAACAUUUCACCCGAAAAGACCAAAACCAAAUCCCCGCCACCCGAAGGGAAGAUCCCAGAUUCCAGAAUUCCCGCUGCUCAGGGCGCCUCCGGUACCCGGGGAGCCGACGCGAGGAAACCGGACGACGAAAGCCAAAAGCUCGGCGCCAAGAUGUCUGUGGUGUGGCCCCCUCAGCCGGAUUCUCCGAAGAAGUCCUUCGCCUUCGAGGAGGAGUUGAAGCUGAUGAAGCCCUCGUGGCCCCCGAGGGAGGACCCGGCCCAGGAGAUGAAACGCCCGAACCCUUCGUCGGAGGAGACGGAUCGCCCCGCUGCGCAAGUGCAAAAUGGACCCCAGGAAAAUGACGAGAUGCGAGAGAAUGUGACAAAGCGGGAAGAGGCCGCGGACCCGGCAAGUGGCGAUCGCAGCGGAGAAACGGCGCCGGCACAAGUGGCUGCCGAGGUGGACUCUGAAGUGCGGCCCGGAAGGGGAGAGAAGGAACAAAGGCAAGUGGGAGGCACGACGGUGGAGGAAGAUGCGGGGAGUCACGGGCCAAUUGAAAGCGCGGCGGGGGAGAAGGCAGUGGAGAUGGAUGAGCAGGACGCGGACGCCAUCAGUGGGCAGCCGGUAAAGGUCACUGUAAUAGACGAGGUUCCGGCGGGGGAGGGCCGGCCACUCAAUGCAAACUCCAACAAUAACAAUAAUUCCGGCCAGACGGCGGCGGGUCACGCCUACCGGUUUCAAGGGCCGAGCGAGGUCAAG